AUGUAUGAUUGCAGGUAUUUAGCUGCUAAAGUUGCGGCAUUUGCAGCAAUCAAAGUGGAGUGCAUUAAGUUCGAAGCUUCUUUUAUGUCUGAACGGGCCUCUCAGUUUUUAUUGGUAAUUGGGUUGCUUGGAGAGUACUGUCCUCCAUCAAAAUAUAAGUAUAUUCAUUCUGCUCACAGACUUGGCUGCAUGCACCUUGAGCUCCAAGGGUACAACAUACAUUUUCAGGGUUGCCAAUUUAUGCGUCCUUUUUCUCCUGGUAGUAACAUUCAUCAUACUGAAGAAGUACUUGUUGAAGAAGAACAGCUGCUUCCAUUUUGA